CAAAGUCUCGACAACGCUCCAAGGCGAGCAAAGACAACAGCUAUGGAGGAAGCAGGAUGGGGCGCGCCCCCCAUAGUGACGCUGCUGUUGACGACGCUCGGUCUGGCCGUGGGUACCUUCAUCUGCGGCUGCAUUCCACUCUCCCUACCGCUCUCCAAGACGAUGUUGCGGAUCCUCGAAGUGCUUGGCGCAGGUCUGCUGGUGGGCGCCUCGAUGACUGUUGUGCUUCCCGAAGGCGUGGCGGCCAUCUUCCGAGCGGCAGCAGAGGCAGGCCGGACUCAUUCAGAAGCACCAUCCCAUAGCAGCUGGGCGUGGAGCGGCCUCAAACGAGCUGUCGAUGACCCUGAUCACGAUCACGACCACCGAUCGCCGGGCUUUGAUCCAGAAGCGAUCACGGGCUAUUCGCUCCUUGCAGGAUUUCUCGUCAUGUUUCUCCUCGACCAGGUGGCCGCCCCUGGGUCGCAUGCCCACCAGUCGGAGCCGACCCCCAGGCCAGCAUCUAUCCAUCCAUCGCACCGACCUGAGACGUUACGUCUGACAAGGGCGUCAUCGAUUCAAAUCCCAAAGGAAUACCAGAAACGUCGCCGUGAAGAGACUGACCCAAAUUCGACAGCCGACUCGAGUCCUGAGCGCAUGCCAGCGGAUCAUGACCUCGAGAGCUCCGCCUCUCCUUUGCUGAGGAACGGGGCGGUCUCUCCUCUGCAGGGCAGCCGACAUUCGCGCAAGCCUUCGAAUGGGUCCGCCGACCGCGAUGGCUCCGUUGCGAGGAACAGAGGUCUUCGAACGGCUUUUGCCAGCAUAGCCGGCCUCGUCAUCCAUGCAAUUGCUGAUGGCAUUGCCAUGGGUGCAAGUGCAGGCAGCGGCGACGAAAGUCUCAAGCUUAUUGUCUUCUUUGCGAUUAUGAUCCACAAGGCCCCUGCUUCCUUUGGACUGUGCACUUUGCUCAUGGGCCAAAAGCUCGCCCGAUCAGACAUUCGAAAAGCGAUCGGUAUCUUCAGCUUGGCCACGCCCUUCGGAGCGAUUCUUACCUAUCUCUUCUUGACUCUGAUCACCGGCCACUCUCAAGAAUCAGGCGUGGGCAGCGUGUCAGAGAAGCACAUCGGCGCUGCCCUGACUUUCUCGGGUGGCACGUUCAUUUUCGUCGCAAUGCACGCCGUCCAUGAGCUCGCGUCAGCAGGCGCUGACACGGAGCAACCAGAUGAUGCCGACGAUCAUCAUUACAUUCAUCAUGCAUCAGCGCAGACCACGUCAGCUUUCCAUUCGUCGCAGCAGCAACAGCAGCAGCAGCAUCAUCUUCAGUCGUCUCGCCAAAUCCUUGGCAGGACCGGCCGAGUAGCCAUCUUGCUUGUUGGGACCAUGUUUCCUCGAGCAUUACAAAGUCUCGUCGGGCAUCAUCAUUGAAAUGUACAGUUGUGGAAGCUUUGUCUACCGCCACAGGGCAUCGUUUAAUCGUAUCACGAGUUGCACAAGGCGAUCAGGCUGAAUCUUCAGGAGUCGUCCAUCAUAAUCUGUAUGAACUCUUGCUCGUUGAUCUCGCCGUCUUGGUCCAAGUCGAAUUCAUCG